AUGGCCUACACCUACCUUAUCUUCUCCCUCCCCGAUCUCCUCACCCACUCCUUCCUCCACCCAAUCCGCAUUUACCUUUGUGCCCAAGUCGUCACCCACUUGGUCACCUUAGCUUCCUUCGUCGGAACCCUCCUCCACCUCCCCUUCAACUACCUCCUCAUCAUGAGCCUUUGCCUCAGCCUCACCGAUGUCGUUACUUCCAACCUCUCCAUCCUCCUCUUCCUCGGUGUCAGCGUCACAGCGACAGAGGACAGAAUGUUUGUUGUGCAUUAUUUUGAUUUAGGUUUGAAUCCAGAUAGUCUUGAAGAAGAAGGUGAACAAGAUCGAAAUAAAGAUAGUGGUGGUUUUUAA